AUUUUUUCCUCAAUCUUAAUUUCUGUCAACUUGAACUUAAACAGCCUAUCAUCUUCACUCCCUCCCCGUACAAUUACUCCUUUAUCUGGCUGGGACCAACAAAUAUGGCCAGGCACCAAAUAUUUGGGUCGGAACAGAAAUGUUCCGACCUAAGAACCAAGUUGGUUCUUCUUACGAAGAAUAGAACUUGAAUUGAAUUAUUCAAUGUACGGUUAUUUAUUUCUAGAUUCCUAAAUUCUUUCAUGGAAAUGGCUAGCUCAGCAAACAUAACGAAUACCCUAAAGCUUCAAUCUCACAUCAUAUCGGGAAAUGUCGAAAAAGAAGCACUGCCACCAUAUGAAUACCUUCCUCUCGCUAAGAAUAUACAUACGCGCGUACUAGAUCUUCAACCAGCGAUAAAUUCAGGUGCCCCUUUACAUGCCACUCUGCGUCAUGUGGAUUUAGACUCGGAUCUAUUCUUCGACGCUGUCUCUUAUACCUGGGGAGAACCUAUUUUCAACGAAGAACUUAUCAUCGACGAAACUUCAUCCGUGAAAAUCACCGCAAAUCUUCGUGAUGCGUUAGUUCGUUUUAGGUUGCCAACUGAAGUCCGACAUCUCUGGGUCGAUGCGGUAUGUAUUAACCAAUCCGACAAUCGUGAAAAGGAGAAGCAAAUACCGCGAAUGGCGCAAAUUUAUCGUGGUGCCUCGUCUGUGUUGGUUUGGCUCGGUAAUAGCCAGGAGGGUUCUGUUCAUGUGAGAAAUAUCGCACUUUCGACCCAGCGUUUGCAUAGUACGAACUCUAUGAAGGAAGCCAACGACCGUGAGAUCCAAGACAUACAAAGGGCAUUGGAUGGAAUCGUCCGUCUCCCUUGGUUUAGUAGGCGCUGGAUCAUUCAGGAAGCCUCGCUGAAUCCAAACGUCACCCUUUUCUGUGGAAAAGAUACCGUUCCAUGGCUCAGGGUUCUGCUGGCCACCGCAGCAUUACCUUGGGAAUUGGUUACCAGAAGUAAAAUCCUGAUACAAGUCUUCAAACGUUGCUGGGAAUCCCACGUAGGUCUAGCUUCAGGGUAUAGGCAAGAAAUAAUCGAACUUCUGGUCGAUUUUUCAGAUGCAGCUUGUUCAGAUCCUAGAGAUAUAAUCUACGCUAUUGCGGGACUUGCACAGGACGUUGCUUUCGGGGCCGGCGGGCAUAACGGCGAAAAAAUAGUCAUCGAUGUUGAUUAUACGAAAAGCGUAGAGGAGGUUUUCGAUGAGUGUGGUUUUUCGAUGGCCUCGAGCGCUGUGCACCUAAGAGGGAGAGGAAAUGAAUGUCUCGGUAGAUUCCUGACGGAGGCUAUCACCCGAGCCGAUGGUUCCCGCUUGGGAGGGCAUUGUUCAUGGGCGCCAGAUUGGCGUCUACCCAAGAUACGAGUACCAAUUCGAAACCUGUAUGAUGAUCUAAAUAUUACCGCCCACAAGACACCCAAAGCAACGCUAGUACUUCCCGAUGCCUAUUAUAUAGGAUCAGUUGCAUGCAUAUUUAGGUGUUUUCCUAAGGAUACAGAUCAUGCUAUUGCAACUUCAUGGAUAAAUGAUCUCCUCGAAUGGGCUAAAGAGCAAGUAAUGGCCAAUAAAUCCAGGACAUAUUUGAGCGAUGAAGAGACGGAAAUGAUCUUAGUCCAGCUACUUUAUAUAAUGGUGGGAGGGGAAGCCGGGUGGGCGAGACCGAAACUACCUGCGAAGAUCGCAGACUACAUCGAAGAAGUUUCAACGAUGAUGCAAGGUCGAUUGGUGUUUUCCAUACUACCUGUUACAUAUUCUGGUCAGCAAGAGACUUCCCAGAUUGAACUGGGAAUUGGUCCGUCGCAUACUUACGUUGGCGAUAUGGUCUGCAGCGCUGGCGUGAGACCAGAUGAAAUCAGAGAAAAGUGGAGCGCAGCUCGGACGAGAUAUUUAUUAUUUCGAGAAACUCGGCAGUCAGCAAUCGCUAGAGCGAAACCUUUACUUUCAUGCCUCUCAGGGGACGUGGGAGGGGAAAAACGAGUUACCAAUCAUCCCACUUUACUGAACUGGUCUGACUUCGAGUUCGAAAUGAUCGGUGAUUCCUAUGCAUCCCCUAUAAGAUCAUUUUUGAUGGUGGAACAUCGCAGAUCUAAUGAACAACCAGCUUUUCAAGUCAACCGUAUAAAUAUUGUCUAAGACUAUGAUACGAGUCGUUUCCAGGCCGACAU